GUAACGGAGCCAAUGUUUCCACAGACAACAAUGGAUCAUAUACUUCAUCCGACUCCACGAGAAGGAUACUAUGUCGUUGAGCUUAAUCGAAGUGUCUGGGUUGUUCCAAAUUAUUAUAUUAACUUGACUCCAAUUGGUACCGGAGCAUAUGGAACUGUUUGUGCUGCUGAAUGUACUCGCUCGGGGACUCGCGUCGCAAUCAAAAAAUUCAAUCGUCCAUUUCAAUCAAUAAUUCAUGCCCGUCGUACAUAUCGUGAACUCCGACUUCUUCGUUGUAUGUGUCAUGAAAAUAUAAUUGAUCUACUUGAUGUCUUCACUCCAAAUGAGAAUGUAAAUGAUAUCGAGGAUGUGUAUUUUGUAUCAAUGUUGAUGGGAGCUGAUCUAUCAAAUAUUCUCAAAAUUCAGCGACUCAACGAUGACCACAUUCAAUUCUUAGUCUAUCAAAUUCUUCGUGGACUCAAAUACAUUCAUUCUGCAGAUAUUAUUCAUCGAGAUCUUAAACCAUCAAAUAUUGCUGUUAAUGAGGAUUGUGAAUUGAAAAUUCUUGAUUUUGGAUUGGCACGUCAAACUGAUUCUGAAAUGACUGGAUACGUGGCAACAAGAUGGUACAGAGCUCCAGAGAUUAUGCUCAAUUGGAUGCAUUACACGCAGACUGUUGAUGUAUGGUCAGUUGGGUGUAUUCUUGCAGAACUUAUCACUGGAAAAACAUUGUUCCCUGGAUCUGAUCACAUCGAUCAAUUGACUCGUAUCAUGUCAGUAACUGGAACACCAGAUGAAGAAUUCCUUAAAAAGAUCUCAUCAGAAGAAGCUCGUAAUUACAUUCGAAAUCUUCCAAAAAUGACUCGCCGUGAUUUCAAACGUCUGUUUGCUCAAGCAACUCCUCAAGCAAUCGAUCUCCUUGAAAAGAUGCUUCACCUUGAUCCAGAUCGUCGUCCAACUGCAAAAGAAGCUAUGGAGCAUGAAUAUCUGGCUGCUUAUCACGAUGAAACUGAUGAGCCAAUUGCAGAAGAAAUGGAUUUGAAUGAUGAUGUAAGGGCAGAUACAAUUGAUGAAUGGAAGAAAAUUAUUUGGGAAGAGAUCAGUGAUUUCCAGAAAAACGUGGCAUUUGCUGACGAAGAGGAAGAUGAGGAGAAAAUGGAAUCGUAGCAUUGCUUUCUUUUUUGUAUAUCAGUUUUUCAAUUUAAUUCUUCAAAUUUUUCAAAAAAAAAAAAGCCAACUGAGACAUCUUACAAUCCCAAGGCAGUUUCUUGCUCUGAAAAGGUUAAUCUCACUUUCACAAUGUGCUAUCCCCCCACAAAAAUAAAAUCUUCCAAAACAAAACAAGGUAGCUCUAACUGAUUCGCUUAUAAUUUUAUUCUGUUUUCAAAUUUGUUUUAAAAAACCAAUUAGUAUUUUUGUUUCAAUUAAAAUUUCUUAAAUCAAAUUCUCCAGAUGUUUUGAUCUAUUAGGUGCUCGUUUCACCCCGCCCCUUGUUUUUUAUGAAGCCUGUAUAAGUGACCUUGGAAAUACACAACCAUCAAGCUUUUUAACUUUCAUUAUGGAUUUCGAGAAAUUUCAAAAUCUUGAUAGUUGAGUUUUUAAAUUUCUAAAGUCAUAUUUUCCCCCUUUUCAUUGCACUCUAUGUUUAUUUCGUUUUGUUCUCCAAUGAACUUGAUAAAAUCAUAAAAAUUA